AUGGAUCACUGGAAAGCUGCAAAGAAGGUGUUGAGAUAUCUUAAAGGAACAAAAGAUUACAUGCUAAUGUAUAGGAAGACGGACAAUCUUGAUGUGAUCGGCUAUUCAGACUCCGACUUUGUUGGUUGUGUUGAUUCUCGCAAAUCAACAUCAGGAUAUAUUUUUAUGAUGGCUAAUGGAGAUAUUUCAUGGAGAAGUACUAAGCAAACCUUGAUUGCUACUUCUACUAUGGAAGCCGAGUUUGUCUCCUGUUUUGAGGCUACUUCUCAUGGUCAGCUUAUGGCUAAGAACAAUAGAAGUGGAAGUCGAAGCAAGCACAUCGACAUAAAGUAUUUAGUCAUUAGAAAAAGAGUUAAAGAUAAAAUAGUAGUUAUUAAUCACAUUAGUACUUAUUUAAUGAUCGUUGAUCCUUUGACUAAGGGCAUGCCACCAAUAAAAUUUAAGGAUCAUGUAGAGAACAUGAGACUCGAGUCCUCCUUAUGA